GCCUUCUCCAAAUCGCGGAAACCCCAAUUCAUUCAGGAUCCACAUCUGCAAGUCGCACACAUCCAUCCCGUACCUCUGUCCGACGAGGGAGGAGAAAAAAAAAAUGUUGCGCCACGCCGCCCAUCGCCUCGCCUCCCGCGCCGCCGCUGCCGGCAGCGGCUCCAUCAGCCGCAGGGCCCUCGCGACGGCCCAUGCGCCCGCGGAGGCGGGUGAGGACCCCGCCUUCGUGGAGGCGUGGAAGAAGGUGACCGCAAUCAUCGAGCCCCCCCAGACGCCUAUGUCGGCCAUGAAGCCCCGCCCGCCCACGCCGGCCUCCAUCCCAUCUAAGCUCACCGUCAACUUCGUCCUCCCCUACAAGUCCGAGAUCACCAAUAAGGAGGUUGAUAUGGUAAUGGUACCGGCUACAACUGGCCUGAUGGGUAUUUUGCCAGGCCAUGUUUCCACAAUUGCAGAGCUCAAGCCUGGUGUUAUGUCUGUACACGAGGGAAAUGAUGUUACAAAGUACUUUGUGAGCAGUGGCUUUGCAUUCAUCCAUGCAAACUCCAUUACUGAUGUUGUGGCUGUUGAGGCUGUCCCCCUUGAUCAGAUUGACCAAAGCUUGGUCCAGAAAGGUCUUGCUGAAUUCACUGCCAAGCUUGGAUCAGCCUCGACUGACCUAAAGAAGGCGGAAGCUCAGAUCGGAGUGGAUGUUCACAGUGCGCUCAAUGCUGCAUUGACUGGUUGAUGACAGACAUCUUACAUUUUGAUGUUCUUUUCAUCUACAUCUUUAGAAUGUGAGUUGAAGCCUGCAAACUCAAUGAAUGAGGAUGGAGGGAAUGAUCUUAAAUAAAUUAUACUCCAUCUCAAAGAAAGACUUGUAUUUCUUCUUUCAACUUCGAGUCCUGCAAGGAUUUUUGUAAUGGUAAUAUUUUACUGUGUUCCAAAAUCAAGUGCUGCGUGCAGUUUUCAUUUC